UGCUAUAAAAUCCAAGUACGCGGAUCUGCUAGGGUUUGAGGAUUUCAGGUUCGUCUCCGCAGUCGGCACUAGGUUAGUGGAGGUAGAGAGACGAAGAGGAGAGUCGCGCCUGAAACUUCGCAACCAUGGGUCGUAUGCACAGUCGUGGUAAGGGUAUCUCUGCAUCAGCCCUUCCAUACAAAAGGACACCUCCUAGUUGGCUGAAGAUAUCAGGCCAAGAUGUGGAGGAUAACAUUUGCAAGUUCGCCAAGAAGGGGUUGACUCCAUCCCAGAUUGGUGUUAUUCUUCGAGACUCUCAUGGUAUUGCUCAGGUUAGGAGCGUUACUGGGAGCAAGAUCCUACGUAUUCUGAAGGCUCAUGGCCUUGCUCCUGAAAUUCCUGAGGAUCUGUACCACCUGAUUAAGAAGGCAGUCGCUAUCCGGAAGCACCUUGAGAGAAAUAGAAAGGAUAAAGAUUCGAAGUUCAGAUUGAUUCUCGUAGAGAGCAGGAUUCACCGACUUGCCCGCUACUACAAGCGGACAAAGAAGCUUCCACCAGUCUGGAAAUACGAGUCUACAACAGCAAGUACCCUGGUGGCUUAGGAUGCAUGAAUGCAUGCCUACACUCAUGAUGGAGAGGACAUUUCCUGAAGCAUGAGUUUCAUUGUUAGAUUAGAGAAGAGAAAGGAACAGUUUUGUUUAUCUGAACCAAUUGAUACUUACUUAGCUUUUGGGUGUUUUGUUCUUCUUUACCGGAGCUUUUUAUUUGGGUUUUGACUCGUUAUUUUAUGUUGUGAUAUUGUGCUUUAGAUGAGGCCCUCAAACCAGCGCACCAUGUAGUUUCUUACAUUCGUUAAAUGUGAAAUUCCUAUUAUU